UCCAGGUUGUUGUUGUUUUUGCAGGCGUUUCAAAGGACACAUAGAGCUGUAUAUUCCACAGAAAUAUGAAAUCCUGAAACAUGUCGUGUGUUUACAAAGGGAGGGGUGUGGAUUAAAGCUUUAUCAACCACAAACACACUGAAGCGCUCACAAAACCUAAUCUUUCAGGACUGACCAGCUUUAAUGAUUCAUUUGUUUUCCUAACUACUAACGUUUUCAUUAAGUUAUGUGUGUUUAGUUUUAUUUGACUUUAUGAAUUAGAAUUUAUUUUUAUAAAUAGUCAGAAGUCAGGGUGUGGACGUGAUGUAUUUUGUUUCGUAUUUUGCAUGAGUGUCCUGCAGCUUUACAAGCGCUGCAUCCAGGACAGGGGCAGAAUGAUUGCUUUCUUGGGGCAUUUUACCCCUGCCGGCUGAGGUCAGAGGUCAUUCACAGGAUCGGCUGCUUCAUGUGCGGCUGAAAGCAGAAAACCCCGUCAUGCGCAAGAGGCAAAACUGUGCCAUGCAUGCUGCCUUCCUGAUCAGACUCGGCUCGAGGGAGACGGACCCGGGUCUGAGGACAGCUCAGUUCCACAUGGACCUCUGGUCUUACUUCACCCUCCAGAACUGGCUGCUGGACUUCAGCCGGCCUUUAGCCGUGCUCUUUUGUCCUUUGGAGUGGUUUCCUUUGAACAAACCCAGUCCCAGUGACUAUUUCCACCUACUGUACAACAUCACAACACCCUUCCUGCUGCUCAAGCUCAUAGAGCGAAGCCCGAAGACGCUGCCUCGCUCUGCGGUCUACCUGUGCAUCAUCACGUUUGUGAUGGGCUCCAGCAUGCACCUGGUGGGAGAGUCCAUCAACCAUCGGCUCCUGCUCAGUGGAUACCAGCUGCACCUGAGCGUCAGAGAAAACCCCAUCAUCAAGAGCCUCACUCCACACACUCUGAUUGACUCGUUUGAGUUGUUGCAGUAUUAUGAUGAAAGUCUGGGUCAUUGCAUGUGGUAUGUUCCUCUGUUUCUCGUCCUGUUCCUGUAUUUCACUGGCUGUUUCACUAUUGUCAAAGCAGAGCAGACGAUGCCCAUCUCCGCUUGGCUUCUGCUGGGUCCUAGUGGCCUUUACUACUGGUAUCUCGUGACAGAAGGACAGUUCUUCAUCCCGUUCAUUUUCACUUUCUUUGCCAUGAUGGCUACAGUCGUGCACCAGAAGCGCAAAGGUUUUCUGCCGGACGGUAACGGACUCUUCCUGCUUUACAGCUUUUCUCUGUCUCUUGUGUUAAUGAGUGUCUGGGUCGCCUGUCUGUGGAACGACAAGGUGUUACGCAGGAAAUAUCCAGGAGUGAUGUAUAUACCAGAGCCGUGGGCCAUUUACACACUGCACCUCAGAGAAAAACAGACUGACCCUUCACUCCACGACACAGUCCAAGACACUCACUGCAGAUCAGUGUGACUUGCACUCUUCAUUUAUAUGCCUCUUGUAAUAAAAUGAGGAAAAGUAACUGUCAUGUUGCACCUUCAGAAAUGGACUUCCUAUGAUUUUCUGCAAAAGAAUUGUGUGUGGUUUGUGUUUAGAUGAGUGAAAAGAGUUUAUUUCCAUCAGCCCAAGGCGUUCAAGUUCUAUUCUAAUCUAGAUUUUUAAGAUGUUAUUUUAUUUUAUUUCAUUUUAAGACAAAACAGCAUUUCUAAAAAGUGUUGUUAAGAUGCAAACAUCUUUCAUUUUUGAUUUGUUGAAGGACUUCUUGAAGAAACAAACAAUGUAUGUUCUACCUCAACGUGUGAAGAUUUUCCCCGUGUAAAAUAAUGACUUUUAUGAAGGUAAAAUUUCAAGUGGUUUAUAAUAUUUUAUUUUUUAUAAAUAUAUAUAUUCUUAUUUAUGAAGUGAUAAAAAGAGAAAUCAAAAAUACCCUCUGUAAAA